AUGACCGCGAUCGGGGACGAGAGACUCAUGUUGCCCGUCUCGCGCAACGAUCUCCUGCCGAAGGGUAAACGGGACCGCACACUCUUCAUCAUCAUGCUAAUAAUGGUGCCCGUGGUGUUUGUGUUCGAUGUGUUCUGCGUCCUGCCGGAGGUAUCGAAUCUCAUACCCGUUCACGUUCUCGGUGCGAUAUUCGUUCUCUUCAAUAUCGCCGCGAAUAUGCUGCAACUCAUGUGGUCGCAACCCUCAGCGCGCGAGUUGAGUCCUGGAGUUCUGCCAUCGGUGUUGAUGCCCAACUGGUUCUACUGUCACGAAUGUCACUUGAACGUUCCACCGAGGAGUUACCAUUGCAGGGUUUGUGACGCUUGCAUCCUAAAACAGGAUCAUCACUGCAUGUUCGCAGGGAAGUGCGUCGCCUUCGGGAACCAAAGAUAUUUCGUAGUGGGCGUUUUCUACAUCUUGGUGGGCACCAUUUACUCGCUGACGAUGCAUUUCGACUACACGGUAACUCAUCAUUUGGGGGGAUAUCGGUGGAAGCUGAUCCUCGUACAGCUAGCCCCGCAUUUAGGAUGGCUUUUCGGCGCGUUUGACAUGUACGGCUUCCUCGCGGCAUCUUUGAACUUGCUCGAGAUUUGCGUCAUGUUAUUUUGUGCUACACUCCUGUACAGUCAGAUCGCCUGCGUCCUCAACAAUCAGACGAUGUACGAGAGGAAACACGAAGUGAAGAAGUUCAAGCAUCCGACUCUUGAGGAAAACCUUCAAGAAGUUUUUGGAGAGCACUACAUUCUUGUUUGGCUUUGGCCACUCAUGGAAUCGAAACCAAGGGGCGACGGGAUCAAUUUUGUAGACUACGAACGCCUUGAGAACCGCAAAUCACUCUAGUCCGUGACGUCGGAACUGCGCAAGCAGCCGCUCAACCAAUAUUCCUCUAGGAAAGGAUGUGGGACCUUAAAUUGACAGUGAACGACGGGGUUCUCGAUCCCCCGGUAUACGUUCGAGGUGCUUGACGAAUCUCCGCAAAACGAUUCGAGUGAAGAGCACUCUCGAAGCUUACUGGAGCCACAGAAUCGCGUUUCUGAAUCAUCCUCACUCAGACACUUUCUCGGACGUCGAAACGAAAUAUAACACAUAUAUUUAUACACGAUCGCCGAAACCCGUGUGAAUAUUGAUGAAGAUCACAAGGACCUAUUGCAUUUUUUGUGAAUAA